ACCUUCGUCUAUCCGGGUUCAUGUCUCUUGUGCUGUCUUGCAAGCAUGGAGCUCCACGGCGAGCGUGUGUCCGGUCCCACAGCUUCGUCGUCUUCUGGAGACUGCGCGCAGGUCACUGUGUCCAGGGAGCUGCUGACCGCGGGGAGCGAGGGUUCGGGAGGUAUCUGGGACCAAUUGCUCAUCAGCUCUAAGCCUCAUUCCAAGAAGACUUCUCUUCAAACAGUUAGGAUGCAGAGGAGCCCUUUGUUAGACCAGGUUCAGGCCUUCCUCCCACAGAUGGCCCAGGCAAAUGAAAAGCUACGAAAGGAAAUGGCGGCUGCUCCAGCUGAUUGCUUCAAUAUUGAGAAUAUUGAUGGGACAUCCGGAAACAUCAUACAGAUGGAUGUGGCCUUAUUUGAGAUGAACCGGUCAGAUUCAAAAGAAGAGGACAGCUCAGAAGAGAGCUCACAGGACGGCCCUGAGGACAGCUCAGAGUCCGCAGAUGAAGACUGCGUCCCCUCCGAAGUCACCAUAGACACCAUAAAGCUUCCAAAUGCAGAAGGUGGCAGAGGCAAGAUUGAAGUUUUAGACAGUCCGGCAAGUAAAAAAAAGAAGCAGUGAGAUAGGCCAGUGAAAAGAGGCAGGUCCUCCCUACCUGCGACUGGGGGAAGGUGGUUUCUGGGGUGAUGGGUCCAGGGUCCCUGUGAUGCUCUUUCAGUGUCACAAAGAAAAAUUUGCAAGUCCAGGUGUGUUCUAAAUAGGAAGUGUUUCGAUCUUGACUACAGAGGGGGCAGCGCCCUUGGGUACUGAGAAGGGAAAUAGGGAAGAGAUAACUUUUGAUUGGUUGGUUACAUGAGGCAUUUGCCUAAGUUGACAUGGUCUGAACAGUGUGGCCUGUGACUCAGUGAAGCCCAUCUACACUAAAAUCUGGCUACUAGUUAGAACAUUCCUGCUUCCAAAUUGAAGGUUUUGGUUUUGGUUUGUUUCUAUACCAAAGCAGGUUGCAGUUUGUUAUAUAGGAACUGGGUAUUAGAGACCAGCCCAGGAUAAUGGCUCCUGCCAUUUAAGGUGUGAUGGUGGCUAGAUUUUAUUAAAGGAAACCAAAAUUGCCUUUUAAAGAUUUGUAAAUGGACAGCAUUCAGAUCCUGUAAAGGCAUACUGAGCUCUUGCUGUAAAGAGGUUUAGUGUUUACAAAUCUCUGUGCUGUAUCACUGUGUGCUGCUAUAUGUAUAUGAAUUCAUGUAAACAUUGUCUUCAAAUUGUGAUGGUACUGACAGCUGAAAGAAUGACUCCAGUUCUCCAGUUAGUUAGCUUACAGAGUGGUGGGUGACGUGGGCAGCUGUUCUGACUCACCAGUCUUGAUUGUGUUUUGUCAGAGCUAGCAAGCGCCAGAGGUGGGAGAAUGAACCAUCCCUCCAGGAGGCUACUUGAGCAUAGGAGCGUGCCCAUUACCUGGAGGACAUGGUAACAGCUCUCUCACUUCCUGGUGGUUUGACAUUCCAUGGGUUGAUGCUUACAUCCUUGCCUCCUCUGAGCCAGGGUCUCUAAAGACAGUUUAUGAGGCCUGGACCCAGUUUCCCACCUUCCAGCUCUGUCUGCACCUUCUUCCAUAGUCCUGAGCCUUAGAAAGAGGUAUUAUGCUCAUCUUCCCCCCUGAGAACUGAGCCAUUGGGCUGCUGUGCCAAAACAAGAGGAGAGACUACAGCCAUGGAUGCAUACUCCUUAAGUGAUACAGGCAGUCAGAAGGGCACAUACCCCCAUGGUAGUGACCUAAGCCAGUGGUCAAAAACAUCUUGCACGUCUGUGGAAGUAUCCCAUCUUAACUGGGUUUUCUGGUAUCCAGUGUCCACACACAGAUCAGCUGUGCAUAUACCCAGAGCCAGUCUGUAGCCUGUUUUUCCAAUAUCCAGGUUUCUUGGUUUAAGAAGCAUCUGUGUAGGUGUGGUUUGGAACUUGAAAAUAAACUUAGCCAGGGCUUUGCUUAGAUUGCUGAUACUAGGGCUCCUGCCUAAUGACUAAAUACAGAAAGUGGGUAUUCCUGUGACAAAGACAGUGACUUCACAUCUUGGUGAGUGCCAAGCUGCAAGACCACAGCUGAGGCAUAAAAGGGUAAAGCAUUUUUUUUUUUUUUGGUUUUUCGAGACAGGGUUUCUCUGUGUAGCUUUGCGCCUCUCCUGGAACUCACUUGGUAGCCCAGGCUGGCCUCGAACUCACAGAGAUCCGCCUGGCUCUGCCUCCCGAGUGCUGGGAUUAAAGGCGUGCGCCACCACCGCCCGGCUAAGGGUAAAGCAUUUUUAUUUCCAUGUACAGGAGAACAAAGGUUAUAUAUUGUUCUCACACUGGACAUGCUCCCCAACAAAGAAACAGUGGGCACUUUAUUUGGGAAGCCUGUAUGUAAUCAUAAAGGGAAGGCAUGUUGGAGACUGAUGCAUUCCCUCCUGAGCAUACUCAGUUAGGUCAUAGCUCAAAGAGGAAAGGUGGCAAAUGGGAACAUCCUGAGGGACAGCCUACAUCGUGAAUGAAGGUGAGAUGGUCGGGGAAGGUUCUCGGGUGUUCUUAGGUUUGCAUAACGAACACUCGAUGGGUGGUUAGUGGCUGCUUUGGGAUAAUAGCUAGGUUAUAGAUAGGAGUUGGCUGACAGCUCAGAGAGGGACUUGGAGGAGUGGCUCUAGAUGUAUCCCCUCGUACAGGAGUAGAAAGCCCUGUAAAUGUGGUUUGCUUUACCUGUAGUACCCUUGCACAGCUCUAUCCAUGUAUCUACUAAUAGUAGUGUGUCUCUCAUUCUGUCUUUCUAGGCACAAUGGGUCAUAAUCAUAAAUGCCUAUGUCGGGAUUAGGUCCAAUUUCAUGAUGCCCAGAAGGUAGCACGUUAGGCCAGGUUAUGGGUUCCCAUUCUACCAGAAGCUCACCUUUAGAACAGGAUUGUCAUAUUGGGCUUUUAUUCAUAUGGGAGGGGCUCUGUUGAUAGUGGGGAGAUCUGUGAAAUUUCUUCACUUUGACUGAUGGAGGGAGCAAAAUGUUUCAUGGCAUACCUACCUGACUAGAGAGAGAGUUCACCAUGUGUGUAGUAGUCAGAGUAUCAUCAUCAUGGGCUACAGUGGUUGCCGCCCAGUGCAAGAAGAGGCAGCUGCAGUAUGACUCCAAUGCACAUAAAUAGUUCAGAGGAUAAUUGUCUUAGUUUACUUUCCUAUUUUUGUGAAGAGACACCAUGACCACAACAACUUGUAAAAUAGAGAAUUUAGUUGCGUGCUUCCUUAUAGUGUCAGAGGGUGAGUCUGAUCAUCAUGGCGGGGAGUGUGGGCAGGCCUCUGGGCAGGCAUACAGGUAAGCAGGCAGAGCUCUGUAGCAGCAGCUUACAUCUGCUCUACAAACAGGAGGCAGAGAGUGAGACUGGGCCUGGAUGGGCUUUUGAAACCUCAAAGCCCACCCCUAGUGACACCCCUUUUCCCAACAAGACCACACCUCCCAAUCCUUCCUAAACAGUUCCACCAACUAGGACCCAACAUUCAAAUGUAAGGACUAUUCUCGUUUAAACCACCACAGUAGUUGAUGGGGUACAUCUGUGUUUAGCAAAGCAGUGGUGAUAGUCUUGCCAUUGUUUGAAUGUGUGAUUUAUUUGAUCCCCGGGGUUUCUGACCUGACGGAGAGUUCUAACAUGGAGUGGGCUGGACAGACAGCUGGGAGAAUGUUGACUCUACCUGUGCUGAUUGCACCAACACUGAAUUUGCUGUUACCUGUGUAACAAGCAGAUAAUGGAGCACUUGGGAUCCCUAGCAAAGCCAGGCUGUAGGAAUAGGCUCCCCCUUGUGGCCUGAAUAGUGCCCCUGACACUGGCGGCUAACGACAGAGGAUGGGGUAGUGUAUCCUGGUUUAAGCCCAGGUUGGUGUUCCAGUCUCCUGAAGUCUGAGCAUGUGGCGUCUUCAGUGGGGGAUAGUGACAAUAGUCAGUAUAGUGUGGGGACCUCUGGGGUCUGUCUUUCUGGCUAACAACUCCUGGGAAGGUAGACCACCCUCACAUUGGCGUUUUUAUUUAACAACUUUAUGGUUGCUGGAAGCACCAUUUAUGCACAUGUGUCUUUAUUGAAACAUCAACUGCCAUUUAAGUAUUUGUGCCAUUUCUGUGGUGUCAUUUUGUGGCACCUUAUUAGAGACUUGGAACAAAGCUUUCCAACAAUCUUUUUCAGAUAGCUGGUUUUACCGGCAGUGAAGCGGACAGACUCUGCUGUAUUCCAUCUGCUCCAGGGUUUCCCUCUUUGUCAAGUAGUUGCUCCAGUGUUGUGGAUAUUAGCUUAUACUCCUCUCUAUGACAGGGAUAUGAAACCCAUUGAAACUGUCUCUUCAGGUGGGGUAGGCCUCAGGACAGUAGGCACACAGUUGCUUAAGCUGUCCCACAAGAAUCUUAGUUUACUCAAAACUUCUGAGGGAAGAGGGUCAUGUUGGGGGAGAUGGAAGGGGUGUUGGAGUACAGAUGAUCAAGAUGGAUUGUUUACAUGUAUGAAAUUGUCAAAAAAUGAAUAAACUCGAUAUUUUACAAAACUA